AUGGACGAGGAGCCCGACUUCACCUACGAGGAGGCUAUCACAGACUGCAAGAAGAGGAUCCGACCAGAGUUCUCCGAGGACGAAUGGAGUGCUAAGAAGUUCCACGCGCUCGAUCUAGAAGUUCUGAAUGCCCCGCAAGAGAAUUGCGACAAGAUCCAUGUGAACGACUUCACCGUUGAGGAGUUUGUGGACAAGUACGAGACAGCGUCGCGGCCAUGCAUCAUUCGAGGGGCGAUGGAUGGGUGGAGAGCAUACGGGAAGUGGAGUUUGGAAUGGCUGGCGCAGGAGCACGGGGAUGUGGAGUUGAGGUGUGGAGACGAUGAGGAGGGAGAGAGAGUGGAGAUCAAGUUGUCCCACUUUGUGAGGUACAUGCAGGAGCAGGAGGACGACAACCCCCUGUACGUGUUCGACGAGAACUUUGCUGACGACGAAAAGGAAACGGCCAGCAUGGCGCAGGACUUUUCGAUCCCAACUUACUUCCAGGAAGACUUGUUCAAGUACCUCGGUGAAGACGAUAGGCCUCCCUACCGAUGGGUGCUGGUCGGACCGAAGAGAAGCGGCAGCAGUAUCCACAUCGACCCUUGCGGCACCUCAGCAUGGAACUCGCUGCUAGCAGGGAGGAAACGCUGGGUGCUGUUCCCCCCCGGUACGCCGAGGAGCGUGAUCAAGCCGGAGAGCUGGCUGGCGCAGAAGAGGAGCGAGGCUCUUGACUGGUUCUUGUACCAUCUUGAUGGGAUGAAGCAGCAGCUUCCUGCUCACCAGCAGCCGGUCGAGGUGAUCAUGGAGGCCGGAGAGACAAUCUUUGUGCCGGGAGGAUGGUGGCAUACCGUGCUGAACCUGGAGGAUACGAUAGCAGUCACGCAGAACUUUGUGUCCUCUAACAACUUCAUGCUGGUCUAUCAGGAGCUGAAAACGUCGAGGACAAAGUUGUCAAGGAAGUGGUUGAGGAGCCUGAGCUUUGAUCGACAGGACCUUGUUGAGGUGCUGAAGAGGAAUGAAAAGGAGGAGGGGAAGAGAGAAGGGUGA